AUGAUGAGCUUCGCUGACCCGUUGCUAGCUGUUGCAGGUUACCAAAGUGAGAUACUCAAAAGUGCGCGGCGGCCCCUCGCUCCGUUGGCGCAGCCGCUCCCCCUACUUUCUGCCAACCAACCGGUAGUGGUGGUCUUCCCCGGAGGCUGCACUUAUGGUGAGGUGGCAGCUCUUCGGUUCGCCGCAGCUCGACGCCGAUGGCAACUCCUCAUUGUCACUUCUUGCCUAAUCACCUCCCGAGAGCUCCUUCAACAGGCUGGACAGGCUGUCGUGACGACGUCAAACACUGGCCAAU